UAAUAAAUAACUUAUUCAGGCACAAUCAUCACCAAAAGGAUCCUUCUUUCCAGAAAGAGAAGUCCUAACUAUGCCUGGAAUUGUUUUAGAGGAAGAAUUGGCGGACGCACUUCAAGAAGUAGCAGUAAAAUACCUGGGGGUUAGUUCAGCUGGAAGCCGGGGAGUGGUGCGAGCUGACCACGUGAGUAGGGACGAAGCUGGUCUCCGGGAACUGCUCCGUACUGGAUAUUUAAGGGCUGCUGUUAAUCUCACUGCUACUCUUAUUACUGCGGCUGGACAAGGGCCCGGUCGUAUGCAUAGACCUACAAAGCAUACACCUAGAAGCCUCCAGCUAUGGCUCACGCGGUUCGCAGUAAUGCUAAGAAUCCGACUUCACGAGCCGUUGUUGAAGGAGGCCGAACCGUUUGGCGAUUUCAGCAAGCCUGAUAUGUUUUAUCAGUUCUACCCAGAUCUCUACGAGAACAGAUGUGGAUCUCUUGUGCCAUUUUCUUUAAGACUAUUGGUGGCAGAACUACCCGGCCAUGUUGGCAAAGCGGAGGAAGCCAUGGAUAGAUUGUACAUCAUGUUGGAUGUCAUACAGACUAUGAUCAAAAAUCUGAAUGAUAAUAAAACUGAAGACGGUUCAGAGCCAAUAACGGAAGAAGAUAAGACAGAGUCAAUUAGACUAUGGUCCGGAAGGCGGAUACGGGUGAUGCACUCUAUAGUGAAUUGUGCAAUUGCGCUUAAGGACUACAGGCUAGCAACGAACACGCUAGCAACACUGCAACGGCAGGCAACGAGCGCGCAGCAACAGCGAGCUAUCACCAGCGCGUUGUGUCGGUUGCACUUGUUGGCGGGGAACGUGGAUGCCGCUGUGACACAUUUGAAUGAAGCGAGGGUGACUAGGUUGCAUAUAUGUCCUACCCCAGAUGUUAGAGAAUACGUAGAUAUGGGAUUGAUCGACAUAGCACAUGGAAAAUAUCAAGAUGCAUAUAAUAAUUUCGCUAGAGCUGCUGAUCAGGAACCAACCAAUAUAAUGGUCGCUAACAACAUAGCAGUAUGCCUUCUCUACAUGGGCAGACUGAAAGAAGCGAUUACAGUCCUGCAAAAAGCGAUACAAUCAGAUCCGGAACGUGCACUAAGCGAGAGUUUAUUAGUUAAUCUGUGCACAUUACAUGAGUUGCAAUCUGCAAACACAGGAGAUAAAAAACUAGCUUUGCUACGAUUACUGUGCCAACAUAAGAGUGACACAAUACCAAAUGUCGUGGAAGCGCUCAAACUGACUUAGUCAUCAGAGUUCUGACAAUGACGUUUAUUUUGGCGCGAAUCUUUUUAAAAAUUAUGUGAUAAUGAAAAUUUAUUUCGUAUUGUUUAAUAUAUAUAAUAAGUGAUAAUUGUUUUGUCGUAAGGCUAAUAAAUGUUUCUUAAAUUAUUAAAG